AUGGCUACAUUAUUGUCUUUAAAUCUUAGUGGUAAAAGUCUCCCUUAUCAAGAUGGCAAAUGGUACUGUUCAAUAAUAGCAUUAAAGAAGAACAAAAAUGAAAAUUUUGAUCGUAUUUUGGAUAUUGGCUGUUAUAAAGAACAAGCAUUAACAGCGUCUACAUGUGAAAAUAAAAAUGAAUGUGUAAUGAAAAAAAUAUAUAGACCACCACCAGCAGAUACUUAUUAUCGUUGUUGUUGUGAUAAAGAUUAUUGUAAUAACGAUAUUAUUUGGCCUGAUAAUAUGACAACUAUUUAUGAAACAGUCACGCUAGAUAAUUGGCCUAAUACUACUACUAAUUUAACUGCCGUUGUAGGUAUAUCGUCUGGUGAACUCAUACCAAAAAUUGUUAUCGGUUGUGUGGGUGGAAUUGUUCUUAUUAUGUUGAUUUGUGGUUUGAUUGCAUUUUUAUUUCGUCGUCGCCUAUGUGAUAAAUGGCAUGCAUGUAAAAGAUUAACUCAUCCACAAAACUCCGCAUCAGUACCUGAUACUGGUGAAAACGAACCAUUUCUCUUCGCUAAAUCUAUUCAAUUAGCUCCACAAAUUAUUAAAAAAGGGCGAUUUUGUACAAUACAUAUGGGAAUAAUCUCACCAUCACAAGAACGUGUCAUAGUUAAAAUUUUAGCGGGAAAUGAUACUCAAUGUUCAGCUUUGUAUAAGCAAGAAAAAAUGAUUUAUAACUUACCAAACAUGAAACAUGACAAUAUUCUAAAGUUUUACGGCAGUAUCGGAGAGGAAUCUGCUGAUUUAUGUUCGGUCACCUAUUGGAUUGUUACAGAAUAUUGUGCGAAUGGAUCACUGUAUGAUAUGUUAAAGCAAAGUUUAUUGAGUUUAGAAUUAGUUAUAGAAUUUGUUCAACAAAUUACUAGAGGUCUUGAUUAUUUACAUAAAGAUAUGCGAACAACCGUUACCUCAUCAGCUGAUAUUAAUGAUGUUACAUCACUACAAACGCGUUCUUCAAUAGCACAUCGUGAUUUUAAAAGUCAAAAUGUGUUGAUUAGAGAAAAUAUGAGCGUAUGUAUUUGUGAUUUUGGAAUGGCCGUAUGUUUAAAUCAAAACACAUUAAUGCCAAAUCAACAUAAUCAGAGUGGUACACCACGUUAUAUGGCUCCCGAAAUAUUAGAAUGUACAAUAAGUUCUGAUACGAGUGCAUUUUUACAAAGUGAUGUUUAUGCAUUGGGACUGGUAUUGUGGGAAAUUGUCUCAAGAUGUAAAGAUAUUGAAGAUUACAAUGACCCAUACCAAAUGCCAUACGAAGACCAAUGUCAACUAAAUCCUUCCAUACCUGAUAUGUAUACUAUUUUGAAAAAAUCCACAUCUAUUCGUCCAAAAAUUCAUGAAUCAUGGUAUAAAAACUCGUCCAUAAAAUACAUUCUUACAACAAUUGAACAUUGUUGGGUACAAGAUCCAGACGCUAGAAUAACAGCAGCAACCGCUUAUCGCCGAAUGUCUUCUUCUUGUAUACAAAGUAUUGUUCCAACUGCUCCUGUAGUGGAUGUUUAA